CACGAAUCCUUUCCUAUACGCAUCCACAUUCCUGAUCAUUAGGCCUUACAUUCCUCCAUUGAUCUUUCGUUUGCCAAGGUGCAGUUCACGUUCACUACAGAUCAGCUCAAUACUUAGGCCGGCCGCGAGCCGGACCGCUUAUUCUCUCCCUUUUUACUCCAAAAUUGAACUCGAGAGAUACAACUACUGCGAUGCCGUUCAACGAGCUCCAGCGCCGAGACUCUUGGCCUCCGAUCAUCGUACGCAUCAACGUAGACGACGCAGAUGACAUAAGUGCGAUCGAUGAAGACCCAUUCUCAUACUUCCUCACAUCUCCCGACGAUCUCGAAGAUGAUGAAGACCUGGCAGCAGGCAUAGAAUCAUCCACAAAACCAACUCCAGUACGAGAAAUAUCUCCUUCUACCAUCCAACACUCGCCUCUCCCCCUCAUCGAUGAUGAUGAGGACGAGGAUUUUGGCUUUGCCAUGCCGCUCAGCUUGAAGGAUUUCGCACUCCGACAUACGAGUAACGGAAGAGAAUCGCGCGCAACAAAUAGGACCGAUGAUGGACUGAAAGGGCUCGGUAUUACGAUCCCACAUUUGAGAUCAAGCCGAGGAAGACCGGCAGUACGGCUGACACCUUUGCGAAACGGAAGGGGGAGGGGACAGACAAGAAGCCUUUCGGCAAGGCGACCGCAUUCUUGGAGGGUUCCUAGUCCUGAUUUGGGGAGUAUAAAGGAGGAAAGGGAGAGCGACGAGGAGGGGAAGAUUGAAGGUGAGAAGAAAGUAGGAGAAGGGUUUUCUACGAGCGCACCCACCCCUUCAAAGACUGAGAAGGCAGCGCCGAGUCCGACGCCGAAGAAGAGGGUCCAUUGGGCUUUUUGAAAGAAUUUGUUUCCUUUUGUCUUUACUAUAGCAUGAGCAUUGCUGGAGUUCAGGGCGGACGGUUGGUAGGCGGUUGUCUGGUUUUUAUCGGUACAUCACAUGACUGCAUUUGCAUCGCAUUAGCUUUGAUAGCAUCAGACAUAAGCAUAAUUCAAUACAUAAGUCUACAUUUCUAC